CGAUACAAAGAAAAAGAACCUCGACGAUGAUUUUCUGAUCCCAGAAAAAGGGAGAAAUGGAGAGAUACCAAAAUCUAAUGGUAGAAGAAGCUUUCUCGAAGAAUCGUCUUUACCCAUUUGCUUGCAAUGAACUAAGCUCCAUUUUGAAUCUUGCUUACUCUCGAUUACCCAAAAAUGUCAAAGCUUUGAUCUUUCGUGAUACCCUCUCCGCUUUUCGUCUUCUUCCCGACAUCAAUACAUCAGCUGCUGUUUCAGCCGCUAACCUUCUCCUGAAGAGCGUAGAAGCUGUGCUCCCCAAACAGAAGAAGAAUUUAGCCAUUGUAGAAUUCAAGCAGGCAAAAGUAGCACUAAAGAGACGCAGUAAGAGCCAUGAGGAAAAAGAUAUAGAUAUUCCUUCACUUCCACAAGAUAUCCUUAUUCACAUCUUCAGUUUCCUCGAUGUAUCGUCCUUACUUUCCUCAGCUCAAGUGUCUCGCUCAUGGAACCAAGCAACGCAUGAGAACUCUCUGUGGCAAACACAAUUUGACCUUCACUUCAAUCAAAAAGUCUUGAUUCGUAUUCAGUCCGGUAUUGACUGGAGAGAAGCCUUCAAGAAAGCAUUUAUCGCGGCUAAUUCAUCAAAGGCGUUGAGAUCUGGCCGGGGAUACUGCAGUUACUGUGAUUCUAUUGUUUGGCACGACGACUUGAGAUGUGCAAACAAACAAUGUCGAUUGAAAUCAGGCAACAAGCCACUCGACCUCAUAUCAACUCACCAGGUUGUCAACUAUUUACUGGGGAUAGAGAGUUCUGAUGAUGAAAGCGAAUCAGACGAUGAAGCCUUUCCUGGACGACUAUGGAAACUUUCUUACGUAUAAACAAAACAUUCAUACAUCACUUGUAAAUCAUCACUAAAGAGAAAUAUAUUUC